UCAAACUCCUGGUGCCUCUAUUUGAACUGACUUUGUCUGUGGAUCUACUGACUGUCUACUAAAUAGAAUGCUGAAGAAUUGUCAAUGCCACAGAGGUCUUUAUGCAAAGUGAGGAUUCUGAUGAAGAUGACUUGUGCGCAAUUAGCGAUAAAUGGACUUUUCAAAGAAGCAGUAAGAGGUGGUCCCGACUGGAUGACAUUGAUGUGCUGUUUCCCAGGCAAGACAGUCAGCUUUCUGCAGGUGGCACAAAGUUAAAAAAUACAACUAGCAGUGAAAGUGUCCUCACUGAUCUCAGUGAGCCUGAAGUCUCCUCCAUUCACAGUGAAAGCAGUGGAGGAAGUGAUAGCAGGAGUUCAGCUGGUAGAACUGUAGAAAGAAACUGUGCAACCACAGAACAUCCAGAGAGAUCUCUUCUAAACUGUGCUGAACCCGCAGUAAUGCCAGAUUCCACCUUACUGAAUAGCUCAUUGUCUCAGACUCCAAAAGAUCUUACAAACUAUAGUUUUGGUCUAAAAACUGAAAGCGCAAAAGCAAAGGCUAAGAAUCUUCUAAAGCGUAUGGAAACAUUGAGACCAAGAACUUCUCAUAAAUUCAAGGGAACGAUGCGAUCUGGACCAUUGGUUAUUAGCUCACCUGUAUUGCAACAAGAGCCUGAGUCACUAAGGACCAUGCAAUGUAUCGAGAUAGUCAAUGGAAGCUUAAGUAAUUUAGCAAAAGAUACAACCAAAAGUGGAUUUUCAUCAUUGGCUCAAUCCAGUAGUGAUAGCCACUCGGAAACCAGCAGCAGCGCUGUAAGUACACCAUGUUUAAAAUCACGGAAGAGACGUUUUACCAACAAACGUAGUGGCAUGUACCUUGAAGACAUAGAUUUCAUGUCAGGAACAACAACAAAGCAAGUGGCAGAUCAGAAUCGUAGAAAUGAAUUUCGUUCCCAAGAAAACCUUGUUGUUCACAUUCCAAAGGAUCACAAACCAGGCACUUUUCCAAAGGCACUCUCCAUUGAAAGCCUUUCUCCGACUGACAACUACAAUCCUGUAAACUGGCGAACUGGAAGCAUCUCUCUUGGAAAACAGAAAUGCAACAUUAACAAACCCAAGAAUUGCUAUCCAAAAGGAAGCAGGAUCAGCAUCUAUGACAACGUACCUGGAUCCCAUUUAUAUGCCAGCACUGGUGAUUUGAUGGACUUGGAAAAAGAAGAUAUUUUUCCUCACUUAGAUGAUAUCUUACAGCAUGUGAAUGGACUGCAACAGAUUGUAGACCACUGGUCAAGAAACGUGUUACCUGAAAUACAGGAUGAUGAGCUCUCUGUCUGUGAACGCCAAUUCCACACGUCCAAUCAAAUAAUGCUUGACUUUGAAAGGCAUUCUAUGUCAGAUGGUCAGACUACACCCAGUGACCUUGAUCGAGAUGGUCAAUCCCUGAAUGAAUCUGAAGCUGUUGGACUAAGAGACCGCAGGGACUCUGGGGUAGGGGCAUCUUUAACCAGACCUAGCAGACGUCAAAGGUUACGGUGGCACAGUUUCCAGAUUUCACAUCGACUUAGCCUCACUUUAGCUUCACUACAGAUCAGCAAUCAGUCAGCAGCUCAGCUCAACUUGCUGCAGAAGUUUUCCCUCCUUCGACUCACAGCAAUAAUGGAGAAAUAUUCACCAUCAAACAAACAUGGGUGGACCUGGUCUGUGCCCAAAUUCAUGAAGAGAGUGAAAGUACCUGACUACAAAGACAAGAAUGUCUUUGGUGUGCCUUUGGUAGUUCAUGUACAGAGGACAGGACAGCCUCUCCCUCAGAGCAUUCAGCAAGCCAUGCGUUACCUAAGGAACCACUGUCUAGAUCAGGUGGGUCUGUUUCGGAAAUCUGGGGCCAAAUCCCGAAUUCAAGCUCUUCGACAGAUGAACGAAGCUUCUCCAGACAAUGUUAGUUAUGAAGAUCAGUGUGCCUAUGAUGUAGCCGAUAUGCUGAAGCAGUUCUUUCGAGAUCUCCCAGAUCCUCUCCUGAGUAGCAAGCUAGGGGAAACUUUCCUGCAUAUCUAUCAGUAUGUUCCCAGGGAGCAGCGGCUACAGGCAGUGCAGGCAGCCAGCAUGCUGAUGUCGGAUGAAAACCGUGAAGUUCUGCAAACCCUUCUUUGUUUCCUUAGUGACGUGACUUCUGUAACAGAAAAUCAGAUGACUCCCAUGAACCUUGCCGUUUGUUUGGCACCCUCCCUCUUCCACCUGAAUUUAAUUAAGAAAGGCUCCUCCUCCCCAAGGUAGGCCUCUUGCUUCCUGGGUAUUAUGAGUCCAACUGAACAGUAUAAUUAGCAUAAAACAAUUGGCAUGUUUUGACCAUAUUUAUGGGUAGCAGAGGUUCAAAAUAAUUUGACAACACUGCCAGCCAACAAAGUUCCGAUCCUGAACUAAACCUAUAGUGAUGUGUUUCCAUUGAUUUUAAAAACUAAUGAUUAAAGUAUUCUGCCAUAUUUCAAAUCCGUAUUGCUUCUGUAGUUAUAAUCCUGAGUCGGUGCUUUUCAAGUCUGAAUCUUUUUUGAUGAUUUUUGAUCUGAAAUAGCAAAGCUUGAUCCAAUUAGAAUCAUAAAGUUGAAUACACAGAGGCCAUUAUAUUUUGUCUGUGACAAUUCUUUGCUCGAGGGAACUGUUCUUACCCAUAGACAUUUUUUUUCCAAAUGUUUAUCCAAUUUUCCUUUUGAAAGUUGAAAUAACUUCUAUGUAAUCUGCUCUCUGUGGUAAUAUAUGGUAUGCUCUCUCAGCCUGAUAAGUGAAGAAAUUGCUCCUAUUAUCUUUCAUUGUUCUUUUAGAAUCUACAAAUUGAUAACCCCUCAUAGACAAUAUCCUGACAGAUUAAUACACUUUACAGUCUUUUAUUAGCUUCCCAAAACGGCACGUAAUAUUUUAAAUUUGGCCUAAGCAAUCUUUUGUAAAAAGUCGCCAUGAUUUGUGCUGACUCUGUGCUGUUAAUUACAUCCCCCUCAUGGGGCCUUAUCUAUUUUUUUAGAUUUAGAUUCCCUACAGUGUGGAAACAGGCCCUUCAACCCAACCAGUCCACACCAACCCUCUG